UUGUGCAUUGCAGGGCUGGGUGGUGCUGAGAAGACUGUACAAUCCUCUUUCUUGAGACUACAGUGAAUAUGGACCAUGAAACAGUGGGGAAUAUUGUUUUUUUGGUAAUUGUCACCCUCAUCAGUGCUGUCCAGAACGGAUUCUUCGCACACAAAGUAGAGCAUGAAAGCCGGAGCCAAAAUGUCAGGAGCUUCCAGCGGACUGGGACCUUUGCCUUUGAGCGUGUCUACACUGCCAACCAAAAUUGCAUAGAUGCCUAUCCCACAUUUCUUGUCAUGCUUUGGAGUGCAGGAUUACUUUGCAGCCAAGUUCCUGCUGCCUUUGCUGGGCUGAUGUACCUGUUUGUGAGGCAAAAAUACUUUGUGGGUUAUCUAGGAGAGAGGACACAGAGCACUCCUGGCUACAUUUUUGGGAAACGCAUCAUAUUGUUCCUCUUCCUCAUGUCUGUUGCCGGCAUCCUUAAUUAUUUCCUCGUCCUCUUUUUUGGAAGUGACUUUGAAAACUACAUAAAGACAAUAACUACAACCAUCUCCCCACUGCUUCUCAUUCCCUAAUUUUACCCUGAGGAAGGAGUAGGUGGUCUCAGCUAGUGGAUAUAUAUAGAAACCAUGGGGAAUCAACCCUUUAAGGGACUCAUCCCCUCUUUCUAUGGUUGUAAAGCAGAUAACUUCCUGGGCUUCCUGGUUUGAGGUCACCACCCUUUUCAUGGAAGAAAAGAAUUUAGAAUCAGCUCCACUGAGAAUGGCUAUGGUGCCAGUUUGAGUCUUUGAAUUAUCUUGCUCUCUGAUUUCUGCUCUAAGGAAUAUUGUGUCACCAGCAUGUUUUCUUUAAUAAAAUGAGACACAUUCA